AGAUUUAAUGAUUCGUUUAGCAGUAAUUCGAUUAGCCCAAGGUGCCUCUCGAGCUCAAUUCCUUCAAAAACAAGCUCAAAUCUUUACUUCUGCAGUUGUAAAUGCUAAGAAAAAAGCGGACAAUAAGAAAAAGAAUCCACCAGCAGUUUUCUCGAAUUUGGAGGAAAACGCAGUCGUCCAGGAAACAAUAAAAGAAAUUCAAAGAGUUGAAGGAUUACUUGUCGAAGAGCUCACAAGACAUUUUUCUCUUAAAGUAGAUAUUCGGCAAUAUGAAGAUGUCAUGGUCAAGCUUGAAAAUGGAAAGGAUAAGCCACUGUCCAUGAUUGCCAGAGUCACAUUAAAAUCUCCACUUAUGAUUAUGAUCAACUUCCAGGAUAAUCCAUCUGCAAUUAAAGCAGCAAAAUUGGCGAUUCAGAAAUCAACUCUUAAUGUAACUCCACAACAGGAGGGAGCUGUUUUGUAUGUGAAUGUGCCGCCGAUGAGUAAAGAAAGAAGAGAGAAAAUGGCAUCUGAUGCGAAGGGACGAAUUCUCAAUGAAUACAAAAAGGCGAUCAACGAAAUCUAUUCCAAAAGUGAUAAGAAGUCGUCGAAUGAGUUUUCCACGAGACCAGAUGAAGCCAAGAAAACACGGGAAGCACUAUUGAAUAUGAAGCACGCUGCUGAACAAAGAGGAGGUCUACUCAUCGAAGAACGCCGCAAACAGCUGCUGAAACAAGUCGUUUAAUUGUUAUCUAUCUUUUCAAUUGCUCAAUUUUAGAUAGAAUAAAAUAUGAUGGAAAAU